AUUACGGUAUCUCGACCCAGUCUCCACAUUGCGCGGUCAAGAGAAAAAAAUACGAUCAAGGAAGUGCACAUAUGAAUGAUAUGAUAUUUUUUGUCUAUUUACAAAAAUAUUGAGCCAAAUAGUUACAAAAUAUAAUGACGUUCGGUAAAUGUUAGAAAGAAACUAACAGGGUAAUUAAUAGUGACUAUCGCUGCUGCGUAUUCUUUGGUAUGCUUUAAAUUCCCAAAGACGAAGAAGCUCAUUGAAACUUGUGUGAAAACAUGGACGACCCAGUACAACAGCCAUACUUUUACGGCAGAAUAUCACGUGAAGAAGCCGAAGGAUAUCUUCAACGGGGUGGACGGGAGAACGGUAAAUUUCUGUUACGAAAACGUCCGACAGAAUCGCAAAGUUUUGCGCUUUCCUUGUGCCACGGACGCGGUGUGAUCCACUAUCACAUCCAGCAUCACUCGGACGGAAAGUACGGCAUCGAAGAUGGUCCUCGUUUUUCGAGUCCUACGGAGCUUAUCGACUACCAUCGUGCCAACCAGGGUGGCCUUCUCACCAACCUUACCAAACCCUGCAACCGACCGCCAGGCGUGGAACCCAAGGUGUUCACAAACGUGAAUUACAGCGAAGUUGCGGCCGUCCAGGAGGCGGCCUUGAGUCAACUCGGGAUCCAAGAUCGACGGUCGCUUGGUAAGAAUCACAUUCCGUUCGAGAAGAUGUUGGGCAUGUUACUCCACGCAAAGCAAUCCUGGUUUCAUGGCGUCAUCUCGCGCGAAGAGGCGGAAUCGCGGCUGAAGAAAUCCGGCUGCAAGAACGGAAUGUUUUUAGUGCGAGAACGGGAGAAAGCCCAGGGGACUUACGCGAUCGGACUCUGUCACGAAAACAUGGUCUACCAUUACCUCCUGAGUGCUGACAGCAGCGGAAGGUUGUCGAUUCCAUCCGGGCCGAAAUUCUUGAAUCUGAUGGAGUGUGUUGAAUACUACCUUAACCGUUCCGAUGGGCUCGUUUGCAAGCUCUUAAAACCCUCUCCUAUAACACAGUUCAACAAGAAGGCCCCGCUCCCCGUUCCCCCGGGUGCUGCCGGGGAAUCCGCCCCUCGCACCGAGACCAUCUACGAUACGGUUGCCAUCAAGAAGUCGCCCGUGUACCUCAACGCGUUCAAAGAUAUCAAGGCGCUCGACUCUAACAGGCUGGCACUGCAGAACAAACUCGGGCAAGGAAACUUCGGGUCCGUCCUGAAAGGAGUCUAUACGCUUUCGAAUGGAAAAAAGAUUGAGGUCGCCGUCAAGCAGCUCAAGACGGAUGCGGCCGCUCAGAAGACGGAGAUCGAACACGAGGCGCGUAUCAUGUUGAAGCUGGAUCAUCCGUAUAUCGUUCGAAUGAUCGGCAUGAUUCAUCAAGCCACCAUGAUGUUGGUGAUGGAAUUGGCCAUCAAUGGUCCACUCCACAAGUUCCUUCGCAAACACAAAGAGGUGACCAUUCGACAGAUUCUCGUCAUGAUGCUUCAGGUAUCCGAAGGCAUGGAGUACCUCGACAGCAAGCAUUUCGUCCAUCGGGAUUUAGCUGCUCGAAACGUGCUCGUGGUCGACGUGAACUUCGUGAAAAUCAGCGACUUCGGGAUGUCCCGCGCGAUGGGCGUCGGAAACGAUUACUACAAAGCGGAGGCCGCUGGAAGAUGGCCUCUGAAGUGGUACGCGCCGGAAUGCAUUUACUACUACAAGUUUACAACGAAGAGCGACGUCUGGUCGUACGGAAUCACUCUGUGGGAAGCGCUCACCUAUGGCGGGAAACCCUACGACGGCUUGCAGGGCCAGCAGGUUAUUCAGUAUUUGGAGCAAGAAGACAGGUUGACGUGUCCUCUGCAUUGUCCAGAGAGCGUGUACAGCCUGAUGCGUGCGUGCUGGGAGUUCGAACCAGUUAAGCGACCAGAUUUCUCGCUAGUUAAGGAAGCUCUGUCCGACAUUAUUUUACACUUCAUGCAAUAGGCGCUUGAGGUGAAACGGCUGGUUCGCACGAGUGUAUUACGAACAGAUAUCAUUGAAUAUACAUAUAAUAAAGUGCGUGGUAUCAUGCACCUCAAAACUCAGGAAAAAUAUUUAUUAAACACAUAACAUUAUUUAUACACGCACUACAGUCAAAAUAUUAUUAACGCGGCAGAUUUAUGAUCAUUUGUAACCAGUUUUCUCGAUCUGGCACGAAAUGUAUGUUUUUGGCUUAUCCGUCUAUCGAUGAUUUAAAUUGGUAGUAAACAUCGUGCUGUGAAAUACAGUACAUUAAAAGCUGGUUGAAUUAUACUCAAAUUUUGCCAGCCUUUGUUGUAGAACUCCGAGGUUAUUUUCCAAGUUUUUUUUCAUAUAACCAGUUAUUUAUGUCUCUCCCCAGUUCACUCGUGCGAGCCAGACCGAAACAGACAAUUAGGUAAAAUUAAUGCAGUUAUUAUAUAUAUUUUAAUGCAAUUUAUAUCACUGAGCUGGCAGGUAUAUUUUAGUUGUUUCCUAGUGAAGCAUUCGGAAAUGCGCGAGUACUUGUUUUAAAAUUUCAUAAUUGUAUGAUAUAAAAUGAUUUUUACCUUGAUCGAGUCAGAAGUAAUUCAAUUUUCGAAAAUUACUUGGGGUCAUACGAACUAAAGGACUGUUUACGGAAAUUACCAUAGGCAUAGGUUGUAUAUAUCACAUGCAACCUGUUUUAAUUUUAGUGGCUUUAGACUUUAUACAUCAUACAAUUAAAUCCUUGAAAAGAAAUGGAGAUAGGGAAUUGAGGAUUUUAGGAAAGAACAGCAUAGUACUUUUAGAAAACUUAUUCUCCAAUCGUGAAAUAUAUAAGAUAAAUACCUCAUGCAGAAGUCACGGCUUUGCUAUUUUGCAUGUUUCGUCUCCUAAUAAAAGUCUGCUCGAUUCAACUAAAAGUUGAACCCAUGAGCGGGUACACGUAUUGAGGAGUCAGGCAUACGACAUAUAUACGCUAGCUUGAAUAUAACAGUGUAAUAAAAUUUUAAGAUUUUUUUAUCAAGUAUCGUGCAUAUGGUAGAUAAUUUUAAGUAUAGGCCAGCUGAACGCUUGAUCAAACGUCACUAAUAUUAGUAAUAUUGUGUAGUUUAGUAUUGAAUUUAAAACCAAUUUAAUAUUGUAUAUACAUUGAAAGUGUGUGAAACUGAUGACUGAAGAACAUGACUGGAUUACUAUAGUUUUUUUAUGUUACUUCAUUUGACCGAUAGUAAAUCACUGGUAUCUGAAAGGCUGGGAAAUCAAACGCGGU